AUGUUUACGAAAUCUUCGUCCCAAAACACUCUUAUGUCUACAAGCACCAAACGAACGAGAUUCGAAGACGAAGAUGUCGAAUCGAUCGCGACAUCCGGUCGUGGAGGACGCGAAAUUGUCAUUCCCUUGAAAUUCUUGGAUGAUCGAAGUCGAGAAGCAUCGAUCCGAACCGAUACUCGAUCCGAGCCUGAUGUCGAAACUCAAGCCGUUACGGAAGAUGCGCAAGAAAACAAACACGAAUACAUGUCAGGAUGGAAAUUGCACUUUCUCACUGUAGGCGUCUGGUUGGCGCUCUUCUUGAGCACGCUUGAAACCACCAUCGUCAGCACCAGUCUUGUUUCCAUCACGAAUGCAGUUGGAGGAUUUGACAUGAGAGAUUGGGUUGUCACUAGUUAUCUGAUUACUUACACUUCCUUCCUGGUUAUAUACGCCAAAUUUUCCGACUUCUUUGGCAAGAAGACAAUGAUGCUCGUUGGACUGGCCAUUUUCAUUAUCUUCUCUGUACUUUGUGGAGUUUCGACCAACAUGACUAUGUUAAUCAUUUUUCGUGGAUUUCAAGGCAUGGGAGCAUCAGGGAUCUAUGCUCUAAUCAUGGUUAUUGCACCUACUCUUAUUCCUCCGUCAAAAUUCCAUAUAUACAUGGGCCUCAUUGCAGCUUGUUUUCUUGUAGCAAGUGUUUUAGGUCCUGUUCUAGGUGGUGUUAUAAAUGAGAAGGGUGGCAAUUGGCGUUGGAGAUGGGUUUUCAUGUUGAACGCCCCAGCAGGUGUCCUCGCAUUCGUACUACUCGCAGUCUUCUUACCAAGUUCUAAACCUGCGAACACUACAUCGAGAAACCACUUUCGCCUGAAGUUCGCCAAAGAAGCACUCUCACGUAUUGAUAUCGGUGGUACUAUUUUACUCUUAUCCGCUUCAGUCCUCCUUGUUUUUGCGCUCGAAGAAGCAGGGUAUCGAUAUGCUUGGGGCAGCCUGACUAUAACAAUUACCCUGGUACUAGCCAUAGUAAGCGGUAUUACUUUCGUCACAUGGGAGUUUCUGUUGGAACGAUCGGAUAGCAAGCGGGAACCCAUGUUUCCGCUAAGUAUUCUGAAAAACAGGGUGGUGGCUGGGAUGAUGUUAUCAGCCUUCCUUAUCGGCUUCCCAUUUGUAGUCAUCGUCGUCUCAAUUCCACAACGAUCCCAAGCGGUCUACGGUGCUUCACCCGCAGAGGCCGGACUCCACCUCCUCCCACUGCUCUUGACGUCUCCGCUUGCGACAGCAUUAUCAGCCUUUCUCACAGGUAAACUCAAAGUCCCUCCUAUGUGGUUGAUACUAGGCGGGGCUGUCUUCCAAGUCGUCGGUGUUGCAUUAAUGUGCAGCAUUAGUAUUGACAUAGCAGAGUUGCCGAAAAUGCAAUACGUGUUUGAAGUCUUGAUGGGUCUGGGCUUUGGCAUGGGAUUGAGUACCUUACUCGUGCUUGUCCCGUUGGUUGUUGAGGAGAAAGAUCGACCUGUUACAAUGGGAGCCUUAACCCAAGUACGCGUUCUUGGUGGAACCAUCGCACUCGCAAUCUGGCAAUUCCGCAAUUCUCAACAGUCAUUUAGCAUCCUCGCUUAA